AUGGGGGAACUACAAACCCAAAACCCCGUCGUACCAUCGGCUGCAGAGGCGGGACCGCCGAAACGCGGUAAUAAGUUUGGCCAGAAAGCCAAGCCCCUUGUCAACUUGCCAUUGGAGCAAGUUGUUAUAGACGAGCUGCACCUCAUGUUGAGGAUUACCGAUGUCCUGACGGACAAUUUGCUGCAGCAGACAAUGUGGCUCGACAAGCAGGCCAAGUCGAAGACGCUUGCUGGCCCACACACUGAAAUGCUGGUCACCGCCAUCAGUGCAUGCGGUGUCAGCUUCAGUGUGUGGGAAAAGACUAAUGCCGACGGCUCAGGCAGUGGCCGCCUGGACUUCACCAGUCUGAUGGGGCCCGAUAAAAAAAUACUGCUCCAGAAUCUGCCCGAGAAGCUGGAGGGAAGUGGCGCACUGAAUGCAGACACGGAGAACGACGUUCUGCUCAUGUGGACGACGUUCAAUGAUAUCUACGCCAAUCUGGGAAAAGAAGAGUUCACUGAUGGCGAGAUAACUCAACUUGAGGAAAAGAUGAAGACGUGGAUCAAGCGAUUCUGCGAGUUGGGAUUUACCGCACCCGGCUUCGGCAAGAAGCGUGUUACACCUUACAUUCAUGCCAUGCUAUUCCAUUGCCCGGAUAUUAUUCGACGGUUUGGCAACUUGAAGCAGUUCACUGGAAAUGGCGUUGAGAAGACCAACGAUGAAGCACGGCGGAGUCACAUGCAGAAGAGCAACAAGUGGGAUGCAUGUGCUGAUGUACUGCUGCAUAGCGGACGCCGUCAGAUACUGAGCCACCACUGCAGAGAGAAGAGAAAAUACAAGAAAAAAGACGAGGAAUACUGGACCGCCAACAUCAAGGAGAGCAGAAGGAAAAGAAAACGAAUCAUCCGUUAAGCAGCCAACAGCUAUUAAUAUUUAUUUCUAUUCACUGAUAUACGGAACGUAUUUUGUGCAAUCUCAAAGCCAUGAAGAUCCAGAAUAUUUAUUUCUAUUCACUGAUAUUAUAGAACGUAUUUUGUGCAAUCUCAAUGGCACGAAAAUCCAGAAUAUUUUUUAAUUUCUAUUCAUUCAUAUAUAGAACGUAUUUUGUGCAAUCUCCUUCACACUCCCCUGCAUUAGGAAGAGAACCACUUCGUUCGGUCAUUCUUGGAACCCUGAAUGCCCUAGCCCCCUCCUUUCAUUUGAAACAACAUUUUGCAGCACAGUCAAUAUACAACACACCUAUUUACAAUAAACUACAACGGAGCAUUAUGUUUCUUUCUCUGACCUCACCAUUCAUGUGGCAAAUUCCUUGCACUGCUGCUGAGCGAAGUUCACAGACCCGUACUGCACAGCAACUUGUUGUACUGCAACUAUGUGCCCUGCCUCACCCCUAGUGUGAUUUUUGGGUGACCUACGUACUGUAGGUCGCAGGGUAAUGGGAUAGACCACUUGAGGACCUUGACCAAACUGAUCUAACACCCUGUCCCAACCUGGCAGGAAGUACUUUCCGGGGAAAUCUUUUCUGUCAAGCGUCCAUGCACCCCUGUUCUUUGGUUUGUCACCAAACCAGCACAUGAGGAUGUCACGCCGACAAUGAAAUGGCUCCCCGAUUGCGGCACCAGAACGCAGCCUUUUCUGUACCGCUAUAAUAAAGCUGUCAGCAGCGGCGUGAAGCUCAUCUGGCGAGAAAUUGCUCUCGCAAACGCCAGACUCAAAUGCCCUACAAAGACAAGAAUUAUGUAAUACAGAUGUUGAGCCAAGGAAUAACUUGUUCCAAACUGUUCACGUCCACAUUGUUGGAGUGGACCCCAACAUAAUUAUAA